AUGGCACCGCAGGUUUUCGGGAUACCCCUCAAAUAUGUCUCCCUAAUGGUGCUCACGCUGCAAAACAGCAUCCUAGUCCUAGUGAUGCGAUAUUCGCGGGUCAUAUCCACCACCGAACGCUAUUACACAUCAACAGCAGUGCUGCUGAGCGAGCUGACAAACGGCAGCGAGUUCAAGGCGAAACAUCUGGUAUACGAGGUUUUCGGCGGUGAUAGCUGGAAGAUGCUGAUUCCAGCAGGGCUCUACACGAUCCAGAAUAAUCUGCAGUAUGUGGCGGUGACGUAUCAGCUCAAGAUCCUGACCACAGCACUAUGCUCUGUUGUGCUGCUGCGCACGGUACUGGGCAGAGCGCGGUGGCUGGCGCUGGUCGGCCUGACGGCAGGCGUCGCGCUGGUGCAGAUGCCGACGGCCACUGGCGAUCAAAAAGAGGAAACCACGUCGUCGAUCGUUGGCCUGCUGGCCGUGCUAGCAGCCUGUGUGUUGUCGGGCCUGGCCGGCGUGUACUUCGAGAAGGUGCUCAAGGGGUCGCGCAAGUCGCUAUGGACGCGCAACGUGCAGCUAUCGCUGUUCUCAACGCUGCCGGCGCUGUUUGGCGUCUUUGUUGUCGAUGGCGCCGGCGUCUCGCGCGACGGAUUCUUCCACGCGUACUCGUCGUGGACUUGGGGAGCCAUCAUGUGCCAGGCUGUCGGCGGCCUGAUUGUCGCUGUUGUUGUCAAGUACGCUGACAAUAUUCUAAAGGGAUUCGCCACUAGCAUAUCGAUUGUUCUGUCAUGCUUGGCGUCCGUGUGGAUCUUUGGCUUCCACAUCACUUUGCCGUUCGUGCUCGGCACCGCACUGGUCAUUGGCGCCACGUACCUGUAUGGGGCCGCUGAGUUGUCAGUAGCCAGCAGGCCGCAGCAGCAGCAGGACGCUCUGCUGCCAACCAUGGAGCCAUCACGGAACAGCCUGGACAAUAACAAUAUUAACGAUGUCGACAGCAUUGACACCAUACCGCUCGCCAAGAUCGGUGGCGGCAGGCACCAGGAGUAA